AUGAGUUUUAAUGAUGAUGUUCAACGAAUCAUGGAAUCUCAGAAAUGGGAAGAGAUUGGUGAGCUUAAAGAAGGAAAUGUGUUUGUUUCAACUAAUAAAAUAGAUGAGCUUUUAAACAAUGUGGAAAUCAAAGAUUGUGAAAGAAAGGGAGAAAGGAAGGUGUGGUUUUCAAGGAGUUCAAGCAUUGGACCUAAAAAAAGAAUGGAAGAUUUUGAUGUUUUUGUUGAAGAUAUGAAAAUGCUCAGUAAUAAAACUUCAGAAAGUAUUGCAUUUUUUGGAGUAUUUGAUGGACAUUUAGGAACGUCUACUGCUGAUUAUUGUUCAUUUAAAAUAUAUAAUGAAAUAAUUCGGCACAAAGAAUUUCCAAACAAUUUGAAAAGGGUUGUUUGUGAUGCUAUUUAUUCAGUAGAAAAUGGAUUUAAACCACUAGCAGAAAAACUUAGUGCUAAUGCUGGAACAACAGCAGCAAUUGCAUUAAUUACUGAACGAAAUAUUAUAACAGCAAAUGUUGGAGAUACAGAAAUU